AUGUCACGCUCUACUCUCUUCCGGCUUCGUAAUUUACUUCUCCUUUCUUGUCUGUCGUUCCCCUUGUCGUAUGGUACUAAUGCAAGCAGCAAGAGCCCGCGCAGGUCGAGCUACGACUAUAUUGUUGUUGGAGGUGGCACUGCGGGAAAUGUAGUUGCUGCACGACUCACAGAGGACCCUAAAGUAACCGUCUUGUUGCUUGAGGCCGGCGUCUCCAACGAGGACGUAUUGGCUUCCGAAGUUCCCCUGCUUGGGCCUUCGUUAGUCCCUAAUUCCAUUUUUGAUUGGAAUUAUACGACAACGGCACAAGCUGGGUACAAUGGAAGGGUGAUACCUUACCCGCGUGGUCGUAUGCUGGGGGGAUCAAGCUCCGUUAACUAUAUGGUGUUCAUGCGUGGGUCCUCAGAGGAUUUCGACAGCUAUGCAGCCGUUACUGGAGAUUGCGGUUGGAAGUGGGAUAAUAUGCAACAGUACAUUAGAAAGAGCGAAAGAGUUGUUCCUCCUGCUGAUAGUGAGUUCUCCAACUCCUCGAAUUUGACCACCACGCUCACCCCGAAUGGAGGGCACAACACGACUGGCCAAUUUCUUCCCGAGUUGCACGGUACAAAGGGGGCUAUCAAUAUCAGCCUACCAGGAUUCCCAACUCCUCUAGACUCUCGGGUGCUCGCAACUCUCGAUGAGCAAAAGGAAGAGUUCUCAUUCAAUCCAGACAUGGGAGGGGGUGAUGUUCUUGGUGUUGGUUGGACCAUUCAAUCUAUCGGAAAUGGCCAGCGCAGUAGUUCUGCAACGUCCUACCUGAAGCCUGCCCAAUCGCGGCCCAACCUUGAAAUAAUGGUGAAUGCGCAAGUGACCAAGCUGGUACAGACCGGCACUACAAAGGGACGCCCAGCCUUCCGAUGUGUACAAUUUACGCAGCAUGAAGGAGCGCCGGUCAAGAAGAUUUGUGCUACAGGAGAAGUUGUUCUCUCAGCUGGAUCCAUCGGCACUCCCCUUCUUCUUCAGUUAUCAGGAAUCGGGGACGGAAAGGACUUGAGAUCUGUCGGAAUCAAAGCCAUUGUCAACAACCCUAGUGUAGGUCGGAAUCUAUCUGACCAUAUACUGCUCGCUAGCCCCUUCGCUGUCAAUGGGAACCGGAGCUUCGACCCCAUCUUUAGGACUCCGUCGCUCCUGAAUGAUAAGAUCACUCUAUGGACAGAUACAAAGACAGGUCCCCUGGUCGCGGGUGUCACCAAUCACCUCGGUUGGCUGAGGCUGCCAAGUAAUGCAAGCAUUUUUGAAACUGUACCAGACCCUGCUUCCGGUCCCAACUCCCCUCAUUGGGAGAUCAUUUUCUCUAACUUAUGGGUUGUCCCAGGUGUCCCCGCACCAGCUACUGGAAGUUUCAUGAGCAUAUCGAGCGCAUUAAUUUCACCCACAUCUCGGGGUUUCGUGAAGCUUGCCUCUUCAAAUCCUUUCACGAAUCCUAUCAUCGAUCCCCAAUUCCUCUCGACAGAAUUUGAUGUAUUCACAAUGGUCGAAGCGGUCAAAGCCAACCUACGGUUUAUUUCUGGGAAGGCAUGGGCAGAUUAUGUACAGGGCCCCUUCCUCGAGGACCUCGCAUCCGCGAAGACAGAUGCUGAUUUCGAAGCAUACGUCAGAAACAAUGCGGGCACAAUUUUCCACCCAGUUGGCACAGCGAGUAUGUCCCCACGAGGUGCUGGAUGGGGCGUUGUUGACCCUGACCUCAAGGUCAAGGGUGUUGACGGCCUCCGAAUUGUUGAUGGUUCCGUCUUGCCACACCUACCAAGUGCCCACACGCAAGGCCCAAUCUACCUGGUAGGCGAACGAGGAGCUGACCUUAUCAAAGCAAGCCAAUAUUAG